AUGAGAUCACACUUCACACUAACACUGAUAAUUUUGAUAACUGCUGCACCGAAUGCUGUUUUGGCUGAACGAAGUUGCUUCACAGCAAGCCAAAUUGCUGGUAUUAUAUUUGUGACAUCGUUUACGACAUUCUUUGCUGUCAUUGGCAUUGCAAUGCUACUAUGGUACUUCUAUCGAAAUCGAACAAUUGAUAAAAAUUUUAUAGCCACAAUUGAAAAUAAUGCUGUAAAAUCGGGGAAAAUGGUUUACAGUGAGCGAAUGAACGAAAUGGAAAGUAAAGCAGUUGAAGCGAUCAUAUCACCGUCAUCGAUUGAUAAGAUGACAUCAUGCAGUUCGUUGACAUGUAAAUGUAACGAUGACUCAGAUGAUAUUGGCUUGGAAAAGCAAAAAAUUCAAUCAAGACAAAGACGCCAGGCUGUAUCUAACGAUCUCACAACUAACGGUUCCACCAAUAUCCUGGAAGAUGUCGUUCGAUGCUUGCUGGAAAAAGAUACCAGCGCAUUGGGUUUUCAGGUAGCGCAAAGAUCAGAUGGUAUCUGUAUCAGUUAUGUCGAGCCUAAUGGUCCGGCUGAUCGUUCCGGAAAUAUUUUUGUUGGUGAUAAAAUAAAAGAAUUAACGAUAACCUUUGAGAAUAUGCCAAUUAGUGACGCUUUGAUAAUUCUUAGCUGUGCUUCAACCUAUAAAAUUCGAUUAGAAUUAGAAAGAGCUAUAAUCAAUGAUGCAAUCCAGCCAAAUUAUCCGGAAACAGAAAAAUAUUCUGAUAUCUCUUCAGAUUCCAUUCAGCAAUUUUCUACUCUUUAUAAAAGCUAUUCCACUUCCGAUUUAGCACUUCGAUUGCAAAAAGCGCAAAUGUUCGAUAAGGCUGUAAGUGGUGGAAGCUUUAUGUCCAAGCAGAAAUAUCAACUUCCACGACGAUCGGUUAUAAAUACAAUUAAAGAAGAAACGUCAUCGAUUCCUGAGACUCCCGUGACGUUGUCGCCAAAUAGUCCACGUUCAGAUUUCACGGAAGAUGCUGAAUUUGUUAUGACCCAACCAGUUAUUAGUGAGGAGACUAUAGUGAUCAGUGAUCCAUUUCCAAUCUUGCGAAGCCUUCGAACUUCUCCCAGUGAAAUGCUUUCUCAACCGCAAAUUCCGUCCUGUGCCGUAACUUCCGGAACUGAUUCAAAAUCAAAAUCGAAUUCUGCAUCACAAAAUACGUUACGGCAACAAUUAAUGCCGCAGAUUCUACCGUCAUCCAACGAACAUUCCGUACUUCCGCUGAUACCACAAGGAAACCAUAAAGUAGAUGAAAUUAAUUGCAACGGAUUUUCAGAGUUUGUUGAGCGAUCACAUUUCAUCUAUUCAAAUGCAAAUAUCAAAGAUGGCAUCCGAAAGAAUUGUGUCGAAUUUUGUGAAUUAAUUGAGCCGAAACGUGAUUCAAUUGUGAUCGAAUUUGAAGAGAAUCAGGGAGACAAUAGUUAUCAACAAACUGAUCAAGAAUUGAUUAACUUACCAAACUGUAAUGGUACAUUUCAUGAAGUAGAAAAUAAUUUGCAUAAAGCUAAUUUUGAUAACGACAACAGCGCAUCAGCGCCAAUAGUCGAUGCAUCAAAUAAUACAACUAUUAAUGGCAAUCAUACUGAAAAUGAUACUAGAUCCGAAAAUAUUUGCAAUGUAACUAAUGCAGAAUGCAAUAAUUCCAAUCAUCCAGUUGUCAAGAUUGAAGCAUCGGAUAAUUCGUCUCAGAGAACAGAAGGAUUGGACAAUUCGUCUCGGAGAACAGAAGGAUUGGAUAAUUUAUCUAAGAGAACAAAAGGAUUGGAUAAUUUGUCUAAGAGAACAAAUGUUGCUGAAAGCAAAUUCAGUAACUUCAAAACAGAUAAUCGAUUUUCAAACAAUCAUGAAGAAAUUGCAGUGCAGUCAAAUCAUAUAGAUGCAAGUGAACUUAACGGCACGCAUAUAAUGGAAAGUAGUAUACCGGUUUUGGAGUCACCGUUGAUUCCCCGGAAAACAAUUAAUGAUGAGACACUUCCAAAUGAGACCAAUCAAAGAUCAUCAAAACAGAGUCAGUUGAGGAAACUGUCCGGUAAUUAUGGUACUAAUGAAGUAAGGAAAGUAAAUGGUAUCACCGAUGACUUAAAAGAUGAAGGAAAUAACAAAAGUAAUAUACCACAAAGGUGA